AUGGCCACGACAGACGGCCUCACCCCGGCGCAGCUCGCCGCCUUCCGCCGCGACGGCUACCUCGUCGUCCCGGACGCCCUGCCGCCGGCCACCGUCCGCGCGCUGCUCGACGAGACGCGCCGCCUCCUCGACGGCUUCUCCCUCGACAACCACCCCAUGACGCGCUUCCGCACGGGCACCACGGCCGACGACGAGCACGUCGGCGACGACUACUUCCUGUCCUCGGGCGACAAGGUCCGCUUCUUCUUCGAGGAGGACGCCUUCGACGAGGCCACGGGCCGGCUGGCGAAGCCGAAGGCCCAGGCCGUCAACAAGAUCGGCCACUACCUGCACGCGCUGAGCCCGCCCUUCGCCGCGCUGCUGGACCCCUCCGCCGUGGCGGGCAUGAAGGCGCGCCCCGCCGCCGUCGCGCGGGACCUGGGCUUCGCGGACCCGCGCUGCCUGCAGAGCAUGGUCAUCUGCAAGCAGCCCGAGAUCGGCGGCGCCGUCCCGCCGCACCAGGACAGCACGUUUCUGUACACGGACCCGCCCAGCGCCGUCGGCUUCUGGUACGCGCUCGAGGACGCCACGCUCGAGAACGGCUGCCUGAGCUUCCUGCCCGGCAGCCACCGGUGGGCGCCCGUGUCCAAGCGGCUGGUGCGCAAGCCGGGCAACGUAGGGACGGAGAUGGUGGACAACGAGGGCCCCAAGUUCCCCCCGGGCGACGAGUACGGCGAGGACAAGCGCAUGGAGGGCGAGAGCGAGAACGGCAAGUACAUCCCCGGCGAGGUCAAGGCCGGGAGUCUGGUGCUCAUCCACGGCAACCUGCUGCACAAGAGCGAGAAGAACCUGAGCCAGAAGGGGCGGAUCAUCUACACCUUCCACGUCAUCGAGGGCGGCGAUGGCAGAAAGUAUGACGAGAGGAAUUGGCUUCAACCUCCCAAGGAGGGCUUCACCAAGCUGUACAGGUAA